CUCUCCCUCUUUCCUUUUUUCCUGAGUGCCGAAGUGGAGAUUGCUAGUGCGCACCGCGGCAGCCAGCGCUCCGCGGCUUACUUUACGGACUUUUGCCACGCCGAGGGGCCCCUGCUGGAACCCGGAUAUUUUCAGGAUCGGGGGAGACGGGAGCGUCAGAGAAGUGGGCAGCGCCUGUCAGCGACUGGGCGUCUGAGAGAGGACGGAGAAGCGGCCGGAAGGGCUGGACGGACCGCRGCGCGGCGCGGCGCGGCGCACCAUGGCCUCAAAGGAGAGCUCGGCUGCCGGCUUUGUCAGCGUGAGCAGGGAAAUCACAGAGAACAUCAAGAAGGUUUUGGACAAACAGCCCGUUAAGUUUGUGCGAGCCAUCAAGCAGGAGACGAGAGGCGGCAAGUCAGAGGACAGAAUCCUGGUCCUGGCAACAUGGAGACUGUAUCUCUUCGCUGUCAAAGUGCCCACCAAGGUGGAAGUCACUUUCAACUUUUUGGAAAUCAGAGCAAUGAACACCUAUCCAGACUACCAGGUGGUCAUCGAUACAGACAAGACCACCUUCUCGCUACGCCUUCAGACGCAGGAGCAGCUGGAUCACGUGGUCAACCACAUCAACUACGCCCUCUCCCGCGUCUUCAACAACUCAAUUUAUGCUCCUCCGAUUUGCCGAGCGGAGGGAGACGUGCCUGAUGGCAGCCAGAAGUUUUCACCCAACUCCGAAUCGUCAUUAGAACCUCCGAAGACCUGUGGCGGUUUUUCUGAGACGUACGCUGCCCUUUGCGACUACAAUGGGAUCGGCUGCAAAGAAGAAGUCCAGUGGGACGUUGACACGAUCUAUCACUCUCAGGACAACCGGGAGUUCAACCUGCUGGACUUCAGCCAUCUCGACAGCAGGGACUUGGCAGUGAUUGUGGCAUCCAUUGCCUACAACACCUGGUUCACCAAGCUGUACUGCAAAGACAUGAGAAUAGGGUCAGAGGUGGUGGACCAGAUUCUGCACACGGUCAGCAAGUCCAACAGUCUGGAGGAGCUCACGCUGGAGAACGCCGGUCUUAAAGCGGAUUUUCCACAGAAGAUGGCGUCGGCUUUAUCAGAGAACCCAGCCUCCGUGAUUCACUCCCUCAAUCUGGCUCAUAACACACUUGACAACCAAGGAGUCUCCAACCUAAUUCAACAAGUCUGCCGGCUCAACAAAGGUCUACGACUCCUGAAUCUCUCCAAGACGUCUCUCUCCUCCAAGGGCGUUGUUUCAUUGUCUCAGGCUCUGUGUUCAAGUGACGACUACUCCAACUCUCUGCUGCACCUGGACCUCAGCAAGAACCCCGGGGUUCUGUCUGGAGAGGACGCCACAAACCUGUACCUGUUCUUGGCCCAGCCCAACUGCCUGGUCCAUUUAGACCUGUCAGGGACAGACUGCACCGUGGACUCGCUAUUCGGGGCCCUGCUGCGAGGCUGCUGCGCCGACCUCUCCUACCUGAAUCUGUCCAAGAACUCCUUCUCUCACAGGAGAGGGAGAGACUCUCUGCCGACUUUCCGCCAGUUCUUCAGCUCGGCCUUCAGCCUGACCCACGUCAGCCUGGCCUCCAUGAAGGUCCCGCCGGAUUCUCUGAGAGCUCUUUUCCUGGGUUUGUCCAACAACCCUCACAUCUCCGACCUUCACCUGGACAUCAGCGGCUGUGAGCUGAGGUCGGCGGGUGCCGCCGUGAUCCAGGAGCUCUUCCCUCGCGUUUCGUGCGUGGGGACUUUAGACGUCUCUGAUAACGGUUUGGAUGCCGACUUGUUGGCCGUCAUCCCAGCGUUCUCCCGGCACCCCUCCCUCAAACACGUGAUGUUGGGGAAAAACUUCAACAUCAAGGGCAGGGUGCUGGAUGAAAUCCUGCAGAAACUAGUUCAUUUGGUGCAAGAAGAAGAGUGUGCCCUGCAGUCCCUCUCUCUGGCCGACUCGAGGCUUCGCCACCGGGGAACAGUGCUGGUCAACGCCCUGGGCUCCAACGCCUGCCUCCGGAAGGUGGACCUGAGCGGCAACCUGCUGGAGGACUCCGGGGCCAAGAUGCUGAGCAAGGCUCUGCAGAUCAAUACGACACUCAGGAGCGUGACGUGGGAUCGCAACAACACCACGGGAGUCGGCUUCCAAGACGUGGCGAGAGCGCUGGAGCACAACUUCACGCUGCAAUUCAUGCCCCUCCCCCUUUGUGACAUCGCUCAGGCGUACCGCGGCGCCCCGGAAAAGACCGAACAAGCCUUGGCCAAGAUCCAGCGCGCACUGCUCAGGAACAACCAGACUCAGCGCUUCUCUCAGAAGCAGGCGCUCAGGCUGCACCAGGGUCUCGUCACCAGCACCGCUGAACAGGUGAUGGAGCGUCUUUGCGUGAGGGUGCAGCAGCAGCUUUGUGUCCUGAAGUCCUGCGAGGACGGAGACGAGGUCCAGACUGCCAGACAAAUCCUCAAAGAGGCCAGAAACUCGAGAGCUCUAUACCCGUCCCUGUGCGAGCUGGCCCACGUCCUGUCGGUGGACGGCCCCGUCAAGCAGCGGCUGGACACGCUGGCCGGAGAGCUGGCCAAGGCCGCAGACAAAGAGCUGCAGGUGGUGGUGGACUCCAUGGUGUCUCUCUGCCGAGAGCUGUGUCCCAUGUCCUGCUCGGCCGCUGAGAGACUCAGCCCGCCUCUCUCCUCCAUCUCCGAGCAAGUCUCCAUCCCUCGCUCAGCCAUCCGCAGCGCUCUGAUGGAGAGAGCGGCCGAAGACAUCAACCAGGCUCUGGAGGAGGUGAAGCUGUCCGUGGUGUCCUAUCUGACAAACUCUAUCGUGGAUCAGAUCCUGCAGGAGCUUUACACCACCCAUAAAACCCUGCUACGACAGGUCUCUCAGGCGAAGCGCUGGGACGAUGUCGGGACGGGUAGGCGAUCCGUCAGACAUUCAAGACUUGUUGAAUCGCUAGAUUUCCCUGAUGAGGACUUUGGAGUGAACCUCGGAAUAGAUACCAUGGCGAUCAAAAAGCGGAGCUCCAGAACCAGAAGGAUCCGUCCGGUCUCCACCAGAAUGAGUUUAGGUGACGAGCCCAGUCCCUCUCCCACUCCCUCCGCUCCUUCCCACUCGACGUCUCUCACUCACUCGGCCUCUUGGGAGUGCCUUUCCACUCUCCCCACCAAUGGCUCGCCUCUGCGUCACGUGACCCACGUCCGGCCACGCCCGCCGCGACGACACAGAGCUGCACACAUUCCUCCUGAAUCUCAUUGCUCUGAGAACGGAGGAGUCAGUAUGCUGGAGGACGGACUUCCAGAUUUCUACAGCAAGAGAGUUCUGCCUGACAGUCAGCUGUCAUCCCUCCAUCAGGCCCAAUCACUCAGGAGAAAGAAGAGGCGCAGCGUUCUGUCCAUUUUCUCCGGGUUCCGCAAGAAUCGCAACUCCACCUUCUCCAACCAGGAGUCUGAGUGCGCCUCAGAGAACGUCUACUCCAUGAUUCAGCACCCUAAAGACCCAGGGAGGCCAGACAGCGCCGUUCCAGGAGCGAACGGGACCUUGUCCUCACCUCGGCCAGCUCAGGGCGUACCUGCUCACGGACUGAGGGCCGCCAGCCCCCCAUGCUCCAUCCAAAGACAGUCCACAGAUCUGGUCAGCAUGGUGUACAGCUGCAUUGGGGCGGAAAUCGAGGAUUCCGACAGCAGCAGCACCUGCGACAUCAAAGAGUCGUCGCAGCACAGCGCCGACGGAUCAAACGCCAUCUCGGACGCCCUGACAGAUCCGCGGAGUAACGGACAUGUGGCGUCCUCCAAACACCAGACGGACAGGCAGAUGGAGACGGCCAGGCAGGAGAGGAUCGUCCCACUGACUGAGGCGCGGACCGAGGCGGGAGAAGACGUCCAGAGCAGCGGUGUUGGCAGCGCCAGGCCGGAGCCGCCUCCGCACAGCUCCAAGCCCAGUCUGGCUGUGAUAAGGCAGAGACAUCUGCAGGACAGUUCAGAAGAGGCAGGAAUGCCAGAGGGAGAAGAACAGAGUGAAAGACCGCAGGAAGAGAAGCAGAGAGGACGAGGACCAGAGGGACAACGUCCUCUCAUUCCCAAAAAGCCCAGUGUAGACCUCCAGAGAGACAAGACCUCUCCGGAAAAGACCAAGACUUCACCGAAAACUCCCGCGAGUCUCGAAGAACAGAACAACGACCAGAAGAGUUUGCCUCCAGCUCACACAGCGUCUGAAGACAACGUGAGCAGCGAGACGAGGAGCCCUGGCUUAGAGGAUGCCAAUCCCACCGUCAUCAGCCACGAUGAGGAAGCAGAUCAUAAUGGAUUCCCCAAAACAUCCCAUCACACCAGGAAGUCCAACUCAUUUGACAUAGGCAUGGAAAGGGACAAGCCCUGUGAUCUGGAGAGGCCCUCAGAUCGCAGGUUCCCUGUGAAAAAGCCCACCUUUCCCCAGUACAGAAACAGAUCCCUGGACUUCCCUGCUGGGUGUUACGAAGGCGGUAACGGAGACGGAGCAUUAUGACAUUACCUGGGGACGGAGAAGACGCUGCUGGGAAGAAGAGAUUGGAGAACGGAGAACUGGAGUGAGACGAGCUUUUAACACCCUGCCCUCCUCUCCCACCACGGACUCGAGCUGAAAAAUGGAUUCGUCCAGGGGAUUCUUUGCCAUUUCAUCAAUCUGUUGCUGAAAGUGCAUGUUCUGUACACCUUCUUUUUAACUGCUUGCACUCGUUAUGGUUUCUCUCGCAUAACGAGAAGAUUCUUUCACACGCGCACGCAGUAGUUCUGUUCUCCAGUGAGCUCAAGGGAGUUUUAUGCAUUUGUGCGAGUCGUUUAAUGUUAAAAGAUGUCUCCUCGUCGCCUUCCCCCACCUUUUACUGACAAUCUGUGAUUACUAAAAGUGAGUUUGUACUGUAUUUAUUUUAAUGAGAUGUAGAUCAAAUGCACUAACCAUUGUGGUACUGCUGUUAGUUCACAAUCAGGAUUUAAUUUAUGAUAAUAGAAUAUUUGAUAACUGUGUUUGUGAGUAUGCUUUUUUUGUUUCUGUUUGUUUUUUUGUCUUUUUUUUUUUUUUUUUUUUCGAUGUAUGCUGAUGUUGAUUGAGAAACUUGUUACCAUGAACUUAGCUCUCUCCCAUCUCUUCAAGAGUAUUUAAAUCAGCCGGGCGGGUGGUUUUAAUCUGAUUUUAAUUGCUGGAAAAUAAUUAUAUUUUCUAAAAAUGCUUCUAUGAAUCAGAAUAAAUAAAAUUGAAUUAAUAGAAGGAAGCAGUGUGUGAAAUGUGAAACUUGUUAAGUUUUUGCCUGUCUUASCGAGUAACAGCGAUCCAC